GAUCAACAACUAGCCAAAGGAGUGGUUUUUGGACAAGACAAUAUAUCCCAAUUCAAGUUUCUUUUGGCACCAGACAAUCUUUUCUCUCAAGCGUUAAGAAAGUGUCGUUGUAUCCUUCCUAUCGGCACUUCUCUUCAGGAACACCAGUGGGCGGAUGCAACCUUCAAAGUUGUCUUGGUACUCCAUAUACUCGCACCAUGUUUGCCGUUUGCCGUUGAUCGCUCUUGUCUCAAGUUUAUCGAUAGCCUAUCUAGUACCUAGUGCUUCUAGAGGUGGACCGUCAGACCCAGUCAUUAGCCACACAUAGGUGCGAUUACCAUGCACUUCGCCAUUCACUCUGAUGACGAAGGUUCCUUUUCCUUGCCGAAGCCUCCAAUCUCUAUCUGGGCAAUUUAGCACGGAUUACGAUUUUGAAUCCGAGUUUCUACUUUCAUCAGGAGCUUCUCCUUCCCAUGUACUAAUAUCUCAUAAUACAAGUACAAUCAUCGUCGCAACUGCAAUCGCAUUUCUUCGACAAAGGCUCCAGGUCCACAUCAGAUCAUGCAUCAAGUAUGCCUCGGACUUCUUCGACCAAGGUGCUAUCUCGCCCACCAAAACGUUCCAAAUAUAAUUUUCGAGCUUUCUAUCUCACCAUAUUAAUCAUUUCAUCAUUAGCUGUGAUAAGUCUUGUCGCAGAUCAAAGCGCAAAAUAUCGUUAUGGUUCUCAAUACGGUGUGGCACAAAAACGAGCAUUGGAUGCGUUGGACAGUAGAAGACUUGUGAAACGGGAUGAAGAGUGUCGUCUUGUCCACCAUGCCGAAAAUAAAUGCCAAUUCAUAUUGGCAAAUUGCCCCGAUGAAACUGCAGGACUUCUCAAUUACCUCUCGCUUUACUAUUGCAAGCUACCAACGGCCCAGCCUUUAGCUUUCGCCAUUCUUAUAUUGUGGCUUGGACUAUUGUUCUCGACAAUUGGAAUUGCUGCGAGCGAUUUCUUCUGUAUCAAUCUAUCAACAAUUGCGAGCAUAUUGGGUAUGAGCGAGAGUAUGGCAGGCGUAACAUUCUUAGCUUUUGGUAAUGGUAGUCCUGAUGUAUUCUCGACGUUUGCAGCAAUGAGUUCCCACAGUGGCAGUCUUGCGGUGGGCGAGCUCAUUGGAGCAGCUGGAUUCAUCACUGCAGUUGUCGCAGGAUCCAUGGCUUUAGUCAGAGAGUUUAAGGUUGGUAAAAAGACAUUCGUGAGGGACAUUGGCUUCUUCAUAGUUGCAGCAAGCUUCAGUAUGGUAUUUCUUGCAGAUGGUGCUCUUCACUUGUGGGAAUGUUUUGUGAUGAUUGGGUUUUACCUUUUCUACGUGGUAAUAGUAGUGAUGUGGCAUUGGUACCUGGGAGGACGACGUCGUCGCCGUGAAAGAGAAGCCGCAGCUCGCGGUCAGUACUUGGCCAUGACAAACGAAGAGAUAGAGGUUACUGAGGAAGACGGAGAUGAUGAGGAUGCACCAGCAGGAGAAAGAAACGUCCGUGGCAACGAAGAUUUCGCAGCAUUAGAACGUGGCUCUAGCCCUCAUCCUCGAGUACCUGAAGAUGAAGAUAGUGACGAGGAUGGAGAUGAAGGCAGACACAUUGCUGCCGAGGUGGCUAGCAACAUGCGAGUAAUACGACCAUCCGGUAGCCGGAGGAACACUUUAACCCCCAUUCGUCCUAGUUUGGUGGGUGCUCUAGAGUUUAGGUCGGUUCUUUCCUCCUUACAAAAGUCUCGAGGUUCGCAUGGGACGCCGAUAAAUUUGCGACGAUAUUCAGAUGACCCGUCGGCAUCAUUUGAUCAAAUCAGGACAUCUGCAACAACAUCAGCUCCGGCUUCGGAAUAUGCCUCGAGCAUAAACCCUAUUGAGAUUGGCGAAAAUGAUACACAUCACCCUAAGCUAGAUACCGUACGCAGUAGAGCCGUCUCUAUGAACGCUGCAUCAGCUCUCAAGCCUCCGGAUCCCGCAGCAUUCACCGUUGCAGAUGUACCGGACAUUGGUAUAGUAGCAGCCACCCCGACUUUUCCUCAGCUCUUAAGAGUUCCAUCCCCAGCCCCCAAAUCGCCAACAGUUUCCAUCUCGCCUCCUCCAUCUUUUGAUGGGUCGCAAAACGACAGACUGUUCACAAGCAGCACAUCGCGUUGGAAUGAUGAUCUGUUGGCACCACCCGGGAAUGAAUCCCCAUCAGUAUCACCCCGACAUCCCCGUUCACCAAACUUAGAACCUGCAAGUUCACAGGCAAGCUCUACUAGAUCACGAACAGUACAACGACCUCAGCUUCAGAUCCCAAGUUCAUCAAGAGAUAGCUCGCGAAACCGGACACAGUCACCAAUAUUACCAUUUCCUAUUUACACGGACUCUCCACUCUUAUUGUCAGCGAACAGUUCAAAGGCUCCCAGUAUUCUGCUGCCAGAUUCUGAAAUCGCACCUGAGUCGGUUAAUUUGGAGCAUGAGUUGUACUGUCCGGAACGGCCAAUAAGAUGGUGGCCAUAUCGCAUAUUACCUAGCCCAAAAAUUGUACUUACAGCUCUAUUUCCUACACUAUGCACCUGGAAAGAUAAGAGCCAAUGGGACAAAUUUAUCAGCGUCAUUUCGGCUCCUAGUAUCUUCCUUUUGGCAAUCACAUUGCCAGUGGUCGAAUCAGAAUCUAAUGACCAGGAAGAGAUAAACUCCAUUGACCAAAGGAGGGAAUCAGGCACAUCGAGGAGAAAUACCGGCCCUUUACUGAUCCCGGAUAGCCCAUCAUUUAUUUCAGAAGCAGGAUCGGAAUGGGCAGAAUACCAACGGAGUCGACGGAACACACAGACUGAGAAUUGUCCUCGGUCCCCAAUUUCAGAUUUUAAUCAACACAACACUGCGGCCGUAGCCAUCUCGGCCGAGCGCCAUCAUUCUCAUUCACAUCAAAUGCCCACGCCACCCACCAAAAACAUCGGCCAGUCUCAAGAGGAUGCAGUUCAUAGCGGACCGGGGGUAGAAAAUCCCAGAGACUGGAACCGCUGGCUUGUCGUGCUUCAAUUGUUUACAGCUCCUCUUUUUGUGGUGUUCAUAUUUUGGGCUAACAGUGACGAUGGUGAUUCGAAGUCGCUCAUACGUCUGGCUUUGUUUUCUAUUCUCGGGUCCCUGGUAGCAUUUGCCAUUCUCGCAUUAACAACAACCCAUUCUCGACCCCCUAAACAUCGAUUUGUGCUUUGUUUCGUCGGUUUCGUUGUUGCCAUUGCUUGGAUUUCCACUAUUGCCAACGAAGUUGUCGGAGUUCUCAAAGCAUUUGGUGUCAUUUUAGGUAUCUCAGAUGCAAUUCUUGGCCUUACUAUCUUCGCUGUUGGCAAUUCAUUAGGAGAUCUCGUUGCCGAUAUCACAGUUGCCAGAUUAGGAUAUCCUGUUAUGGCAUUGAGUGCUUGCUUUGGAGGACCGAUGCUGAAUAUUCUCAUUGGUAUUGGUGUUAGCGGCGCAUACAUGACGAUUAAAGAGGCGAACCAUAAACAUCACAAGCAUCCGAACAAAGAUAUCAAAUAUAAACCAUACGAGAUUGAAGUCAGUGGUACACUAAUGGUCAGCGCCAUCACUUUACUGAUCACAUUGGUCGGGCUUCUCAUUGCAGUACCGAUGAACAAAUGGGUAAUGAGUAGGAAAAUCGGAUGGGGCUUGAUUAUUCUUUGGUCCAUCAGUACAAUGAUUAAUCUCGCCGUGGAAGUUAGUGGGGUGUGGGGUGAUAAUUUGGACCUAUCUACCUUCUUUUCAUGAGAUUGAGGAUAUUCUUGAUGCAAAUGAUGAAUUAUGUUUAAUAGUAGAAAGAUAAGGGGGUAGAAUUGUAUUAUAUCUGGAAUAUAUAGGUUGCUUUUUUGGUAUGAUUUUAAUGGCUAUGCUCUUUCCAAUCUCAAUACCCUGUUCAAGAUGAUAAGAUAAGUUUUCUCAAACCUAAUAUUCGGGGAUGGUGAUUCAUAUUAGUGUCGCCCUUUGUGUGAUUAGGUAGUAUAUACUCAUUGUAUUACAUAGUAUGCUUCAAGGAAAACCUAUUCAAUGGAAUGUUAUUUGUAUUUUGAAUCGUCCA